AAUAAAAUGAAAGUUUCACUAUUGUUAGACUGAGAGGGAAAAGAGAGCAGGACUAAGGUGAUGAUAGUGGUGUUGUACAGUAUCUCAUCAGCCAUGCAGUUCUGCAGCCUUCAUCAGUGUGUCCUCUUCAUCCUCAUCAUCAUGUUUACCACUGCUCCUACUCUGGCUAUUACUCCUGUAAUGGUGAAGCUGAAACAGUCUGUGGUUCUUCCCUGUAAACAGAACUGCUCUGAUUCUCUCCAAUGGACUGUGAUUGAUAAACCACGUCUUACUGUAGCUGAGUGUAAUCAGACAUCAUGCUGGUCAAAGGAGGGGUUUAACAUGUCUCAUGAUCAGUAUCUGAAGGGAGAUUUAUCUCUCACCAUCAUUGCAGCUGAUUACAGUAACAGAGGUUUGUACACGUGUGAAUGUGCUGGUGAAGAGGUCAAUACUGUACAGCUCAGCAUUGAGACAAAGAUGCUGUUAGCUACUUUAAAGUCUGGAGAAGAUUUGAUCCUACACUUACACAAAUCAAACUACAUGGAGUUGAUUUAUAAAAGUAAAGAUUCACCUGAUCAGUACGGUGAACAGAUCUGCAAUGUGACUGAAGACUCACUUCAGUGUAAUGAUGAAUAUAAACACAGAGCACUACUGAAAGACUCAGAUCUAAUACUGAAGAAUCUAAAACCAUCAGAUAGUGGAGUUUACACCAUCCGGGACACACUGCAUAAAUACAUCAAUCUUAUUUACACUCUCUCUGUGAAAGAUAAUGUAAUUUCCCAAAUAAAGGUGAAGCGUCAUGGGUCUGUUACACUCAAAUGCACACGGACUUGUACCGGUUUGGUUGAAUGGAUCAAUAAGAAUAAUAAACAUGUGGUGGCUUGGUGUAAUCAGACAUCAUGCAACCCAGAGAAGGGAUAUAGUAUUUCUCAUGAUCAGUACCUGAAGGGAGAUCUGUCUCUCACCAUCACUGAGGCUUAUUACAGUAUGAGGGGUGAAUACUGGUGCAUGUGUAAUAAGAAGUGCAUCAGUGAAUUUGAUGUCUCCAUUCAGACUGAGAACUCAUCAGUUCACUUAAAGCCUGGUGAAGAUCUGCUCAUGGAUUUGCCCAGAAGAGAGCCAGUGGAGGUGAUUUAUAGAAGCACCAGGAGUUUUGCUGAUGAUGCGGACGGUAAAAACAUCUGUAUAUUCGAAGAUGAUUUUCUUGAGUGUAUUGAUGCAUACACACACAGAAUAUCUCCAGUUCUCAAACUUGAACAUGUGAACCUGACUGACAGUGGAGUUUACACCAUCCAGAGCAGGAACACUCAGGAAGCCUUUUUCAACUACAGCAUGUCUGUGGAAGAAGACCAGCCAAGACCAGAUGAGAAGAUCUGUUUUUCAUAUUUGGUGUUUGUGUUGGUGGGAGGUUUUCUGGUAGUUCUCAUAGUCACUGCAGUGUGUGCAAUUUACCUGAAUUGCAAAGGGAAGGAAGGUGUGAAGAAUGAAGUUCAGUAUUGUUAUUCUAGAAAUGACUCUGACUUUUUAAUCCAGAAAGUGUAAUGGAAGGGUGAUGUGUUGAUUAUGCUUUAAUGACUUCCAUCAUUAGUUUAUGAAUAACCUCAUUGUAACUAACAACUGUAUUCAUUCCUGUACCUGUUAAACCCUCAGUUUAAAACACACACUGUGACCUCUGACAGGCUCUGCUGCAGACUGUGGUGUGAGGUAGGGGCUGUGGGACAGGUCGAGUGAGCCAUGAGUCUCUCUGAUGUUGUACAAAAUUAAUACAAAAUAUGAUCUUUCUGUGAUAAAUGAAAGUUAUUCUUUUGAAACCUAUUCUAACUUAAUUAUUUCUGACCUUCUGUGAAUAUGAGUAUUUGUUGACUAGAAAUUAUUUGUACCAAAGAUUGCUUGUGAAAUUAUUCAAUGACUGACAGUGUUUUCUUUUCUUCAGGUUUUGUGUUUGAGUCAUUUUUCUAAAAGCUCAAUAUAAUGAACGAUUAAAGCCCUUCUCCUCUUAUGUUCCACAAGGAGCGAUGCGUCCUGUUGUGCAGCAGUACAAUAAAUUGUGAACUUUUUGUGAAUUUCUAAUGAAGAGUAGCUGAUUCAUGGUCAAUAAAAACAUUGGCUCACUCCUC